AUGGGGCCCUCUCAGCUAGUCCGUGCCCCGCGUCCCCCAGGCAUGAGCUCUCCCUACCAGAGGCCAAGUAUGGGUGGGACCCGACGCCGGUCUUCCAAGAUGUUCAAAUGCAGCCGCAGAACAUACCGGCAGAAACCCCGAGGCCUAGCUGCCACCAACCUUUCCACGGUGGCCUCAAGCAUCGGCGACACCCACACUAACACCACCAGCGUUUGGAUCCUCUCGCCUCAAGUUCUCAGACACCUCUGUCAACCUGGGGGCUUUCUGAUCCUCUAG